AUGGCUGUCAAUAAAGUUGCUGAACAAUUACCAUCUUGUGCUACAGUUUUUAUCAAACGACUUGCGAAACGUAUACCAAUGACAGAAAUACAUGAUACUAUUAAUACGCGACAUGUUUUAAAACCAGCAUUAAAUUGGUAUCUAGUAACUGGUAUAGGUCUUGGUGGUAUUAUUGGUUCAGGAAUAUUUAACUUAAGUGGAACAGCUGCUGCAGAAUAUGCUGGUCCAUCAGUAAUUAUUUCGUUUAUUGCUUCUGGUAUUGUCGCUUUUCUUGCGGCUUUAUCAUUUGCUGAAUUAGCGGCGAUGAUGCCUCUUUCUGGUGCAGCCUAUACAUAUACUUAUGCAUCUCUUGGAGAAUAUGCAGCCUGGUUUAUUGGAUGGAAUUAUGCACUUUUUUAUCAAUUAGCUGCUUGUACUGUAGUAGUUAGUUGGAGCAAAUAUGUUACCCAUUUUAUUUACGUUGUGUCUGAUUAUAAUUCAACGAACUCGCUGAUUCAAGCACCAGUAGCAUGGAGUGACGAUACACAAAGUUUUUCUGUUACUGGCGGUGCAAUUAACUUACCUGCAAUUUUUAUUACUAUUGCUAUUACAGUUCUUCUUAUUAGUGGAAUUUAUGCAACAGCUAUAGUCAAUUUUGUGUUGGUAGUAAUCAAAAUUAUUAUUCUAUUGAUAUUUCUAUUUGCAACUUGUAAAUAUGUAAAUGUUGAUAAUUACAAACCGUUUAUUCCAUCAAAUCAAGGUUCGUUUAAUCAAUACGGAGCAUCAGGUACCGCAUAUGCAUGUACAUACGUCUUCUUUGCUUAUGUCGGUUUUGAAUCAAUUGCAACAGUAGCUGAAGAAGCAAAAGAACGAACAAAAACACUACCAUAUGCAACUAUAGCAUCGAUGCUAAUCUCAUUUCUAAUCUAUAUAGGAAUUUGUACUGUUAUGGUUGGACUUGUACCAUACCAAUCUCUAAAUAUAGACGAUCCUCUUUCUGCUGCAUUAAAGGCUACACCGUAUGGUGUUUGGUUACCGGCUCUUAUGGAUUUAGGCGCUAUUGCUAGUCUUACAACUGUGGCACUGACGGUCUUGCUUUCACAAACUCGAAUAUUUUAUGCAAUGGCUAAGGAUAAUUUAUUACCAUCCUUCUUUGCUAAAACUUAUUUUGGGACUGAAACUCCAUGGGUUUCUACAAUCAUUAGCGGCAUAUUUUGUGCUGUUUUUUCGGGUAUUUGUCCAGUAAAUAUUAUUAGUGAAGCGUCAUCAGUUAGUGCUCUAUUUAUAUACUUGUUUGUACAUAUUGAGGUUCUAGUUAUGCGUUGUACUUAUACACAUAAAGGUUUGCAACGACCAUUUCAAAACAUAAUUGAUCCAAACCUUAUUGCAGUAGUAGGUGGAAUACUUUGUAUACUCUUUUUAAUACCUACAAAACAAGUAACAUGGUUUCAAUUUCUUGCUUGGACUGCAAUAGGUCAAGUUUUUUACUUUUGCUUCGGAUAUUGGAAUUCUACGAGACGACAGCCACAACGACUCGAUUCAAUUAAUAGUGCAGUCGAGCUUGUAUCGACAAUAGAGUCUGUUUCAAAAAACUAUCCAAAUAGUGAAUUUGAAUCAGAUUCAAACAACAAUGCAAAUAGUGAAUCUGAAUCAGAUUCGGACAACGAAGCAACUGACGUCAUAAUUGACAAUACAAUUGAUGAUACAGUCAUAAUGAGGUUUUGA